AUGAACCCUGAUCCGAGUUCUAUCCUCAUCAACCCGCGCACAUUCGACGCCGCGGAGCGUAUCUCCGUUCUCCGGCAAAUGCUCCAGGAAGACACCGUGGAGGCCGGGCAGAGAAAGAAUAUUGCAACCGUGAUAGGACUGUACGAGAACGGGGAGCUGCCGAAUCCCGUGGGUGAAAUGGUAUGGCUUCAAGAUGGUAAGGUCUGCUCCAAAAGCGAUAUUGACGGUCAGACACCAUGGUGGGUGGAGGGAGGUGGAAUCCAACUCAUGGACAGGCCUCGUGAACCCACCCAGUAA